AAAUGUGCGUCGGUGCCUGCCGCCCGGCAUUAUCGGGCCUAUGUCAAUGAUAAAAUGUGAAUGCUGAUCGUCGCCUUACUGAGAAAGCUUCGCAAAGCAUAAGAUAUUUUUCCGCGAUUGUAAUCUACGACCUCUCUGAGACAUUCUGCACUUCUCUCGUUCAACAGCAACACGAACGUUUCAAAUCGCAGUAUUGUAAUAAGUCACUUGUGGCUUAAACAUCAACAUGGAACAAAAUGAUGAAGUUUGUGAUCAAGAAUUAGCAGUGAGUUCAGGAGCUGCCAGUUUUCAGCAAUUAGUACAAGAAAUUGUUGUUCAAAACAACGAUCAAGAAAGAGACAUAAUUAACUGCCAGGUACAAAAUGUAGAAAUAAUUUUGCCCAAUGAUUAUGUUACAACACAGCAACAAUGUGACGAUAAAUCAGUAUCUGAAAAUAUUGUUAAUGAAAAGCAAGAAGCACAAUCUGUAGAUGAUAAAUACCAGUAUGAGACUUCUGAAGAGUCUAAAAUACAAGAUUUUCUCAUUUUGAGUGAAAUGAAUUCAAGUCAGAAAAGUUAUGAAACUAAUCAUUCUGAUACAGCAACAACAACAGAAAAUAAUGUUACACAAAAAGAAACUAUUAAAGAAAAUAAUGAUGAGUCUAUUUCUGAUAAAUCUACAAACACUGUAAUCGAAUUAUCUCAAUCAAAGGACAAUCAAAAAUCUGAUAACCAUGAUAUCUCAAAUAGUGAUCUACCUCUUUCAAACAAUGAUCAAGAUGACGCCAUUCAAGACUUUGAUGAAACUACUAAAAGUCUUCAAGAGGAAAAAAUUUCUGUUCCUGUAAAUUCAACGGAACCUAAUUUAACUGCUAAUGCAAUUGAUGCAAAGAUGACUAAUAAUACACUUGCGGAAGAUGGAAAAGCUUCUGUUAUUGAGAAUCAUAGCUCUAACACAUCUGAAGUUGAUUCCACUUGUUUAAGUAAAACUGUAUCAAUCAAUAAUGAUGCAGAAAAAGUUACAAGUAAUACUGAUGAUCAUGAAAUGAUAGUUGAAACAAUUGAAAUAACUGAAGUAACAAAUUCUGAUGAUUUAUCAAUAUUAACCCAGUAUAAAUCAAAUGAACACACUUGGAAAGAAAAAACAGAAAUAGAAAAAAAUCAGUGUGCAAGUCAAGAUACUUGCAAUAAUGAAUCAGAAGAAUCAUUGGAAUCAAUAAAAAAACAAAUAUCUAAUAACAAACCUGAAACAUUUAACAGUGACCAUUCACCUUCGACUAAAAAACAAGAAGAUAAAGAUGAAGCAAUGGAAGAAGAUGAUGAAGACGAUUUGGAACUUCAUUUGUCCAAUCAGUCUAAUGAAAAAAACAAGAGUGUACUGCAAGAUAUCUUCAAUGACUGGAGUGAAGAAAAUGGUGAAGAAGAGAUUCAAAAUCAGGAUCAAGAAGAUGAGGUAGAAAUGGAGCUUCAAAGCUUAUUAAACGAUGGGGUGACCUCAACUCCAAUCAGGAAAGUAGAAAAAAAAGGCCCUUCUGACAAUAUUAAAAAAAGUAAUAAGUCACCUACCAAAACAUCCGUCAAAGAUUCUUCUCUACCUAACAAAGUCGAGGUAGAUACCAAAAUGAAACAAACUUCACGCCCAGGCGUGAAAAUUCCAGGUGCACAUUUAACGAGUCAAAUUGCUUCAUCUGCAGAAGUUAAUGAAGUUCUGAAAGAGCGCUUGAAAGAAAAACAAAAAGACUUACAAGUGCCUAAAACUGCUGAUAUUGUAUUUGUAAAAAAAAUCACCCAGCGAUUAUCUAGUCAUUUACUAGCAGCUGCAGCAACAGGUAUAUUAUCGCAAGAACCAACAUCUCUGGAUACAAGCAAAGAAUCCGAGACCAAUAAAAGUUCUUCAGAUAAUAACGAUCUUCUAGCAAUUUUGGAAGGUGAUGUUGAUCCAGAUUGGUCAAAUUUAAAAUCAACCAGCAAUACAGAUGAAGUCAAUAAAGUAACUAGCACUGUUGAAGUUCAUAGCUCAGAAAACAAACUUGAUCAAGUGACUGAACGUGAAAUUGCUUUAAAACAACUGCGUGAGUUGCCAAAAACAUCCUGUAAAAAAAACAUUUCAAGCGUUAAUAAAAAAUCACUUACGAAGAAAUCCGCCAAGUCAAUAAAAACGUCACCAGGGGAUGAUGAAUCAGAUACUAUUAAUAAUAUAAGUUCAAAUGAAGAAGAAACUUUAUCUAAAACUAAAUCUCCCAAAGCCAGUGAAAAUGAAGAACUAGCAGUGAAAAAUGACGAAUCCCGAUCCGGUCGUAAAAGAAAGCUUACUGAAAAAGCUCGUGAGUUCACGGCUAAAAAAUUAAGAGUGCAGAAAAACAAAGAUGGUAAAAAGUCUGAUUCUGACAGUACUGCAUCCUCAGAUUCACCUAAAACGGACCCUAAAAAAAAAAGGGAUAGUGUCCAGUCAGAAAUGAAGAUGGAAAUUACAGAUGUUAGUAACAUCGAAGAAAGCCCUGAAAAUAUGCUGCAAAAAUCUGCUGAUGACUCGAAUGAUGAAGAAAUUAAGAAAACUGACAGUGAAUCUCCCGAAGAACAAGGACAUGUAGAAACAAAAGUCAAAGAAAAACAAGAUGUAAAGAAAAAAAUUAAACUGGUCAACAAAAAUGCUUUAAUAUCCAAGAAAAAAAAUGCUGUGAAAAAUUUAGUACGAAUGAAAAAAGCUGUUCCUAUUUCAAAAGCCAAAGUAACAAAUCAAGCAAACAAACCAAAAGACAAAGAUUCUACAGACUCGUCUGGAGCAGUUGUACAAAUAAAGAAACCUCGAAGUGAAAUUGAUAGGUUGCUUCAAGAUGAGGGAAUUGUCAACAUGCUGUAUGACGCAAAACAAGAUACAAGAAAACGAAGAGUACCAAUUACACAGAGUCAAAAAAAAGUUAUGGAUCUUGAAAAAGCUGAAAGGGAACUUAAACAGAGAGCAAAUCUUGUCAAAAAUGCAGUGCUUAAAUCCAGAGGUCAAUCUGAUUCUGCAAGCUCACCUAGAGCUAGAAGAAGUCUUACUGCUUCUGCAACUGAACUGUCUGCCGCUCAAAAUGAAAAAAAAUCAACGCAGUCAAAAGCAUCGUCCAGCUUCAUAAAUCCAGGGAAACUAAAAAAUGCUGCCGAAGCAUCGCGCAUAAUAAGGAGGCACUCUUCAUCUUCUUAUUCAAGUGCUUCUGGUGCUAGUCCUAGGGUUAGCAUAGAUCUUGGACAGCCACCAAAUGAUUUACUUGACUUGGAAUCAUCUGGGAUUACAAGAAAAGCAUCAGUGGAUUCUUAUUCUGAUAAGUCAGAUAAAAAAAGCCGCACAAGAGCAUCAGCUAGAAUUUCUGAAUCUGAAACGAAAGAGGUUUCUGAGAAAACUGAUAUUCAUAAGGAAACGACUAAUCAGCCAAACUUGAACGAAAGCGAUUCCCUAACACACGUUAGAAAAUUAUUUAAAAGCAAUAACAAAAGUAGCAAAAAAUUUAAAAAAACAGAUGAAGAUUCAUUCGAUGCAUUGACGAAAAAUACUGACAUUAAAUUGCCCGAAGAUUCAUCUACAAGUCCUGCCAAAGCAAUACAUGCUGUAGAAACUAAUACUAACUUACCUUCUAAAAGUAGCUCUAGAAAAAAGAGAAGUAUGGUGUCAGCUAAUGAUGAAUCUAUAUGUGAGUUUCGAAAUAAAGAAGUAAGCGUUAAAAGGCACGGUCGUCUUGUACAGCUAAUAUUGACACCUUGCCACAAAAAUUCCGGAAUUAGAAAUGCACUUUCUUUAGAGGUAAUGAAAGAAAUUCAAGACGUUCUGGAAAGAUUAAAAGACGAUAACCGCUGUAGUGUAGUUGUACUUACAUCUACUGGCACAAGUUUUUGCGAUGGCUUAGAUUUAUCGCAGAUUAUAGAGAAUAAUGAAACUGAACGAAAGCUCAAAGUUACAGCAAUGGCUACUGCUGUAAAAGAAUUUAUUAAAACGUUGGCUGCAUUCAAUAAGCCAUUAGUUGCGGGUAUACAAGGAGAUGCGAUUGGUCUGGGCGUUACAAUGCUACCACUAUUUGAUCUAGUUAUUGCUAGUGAUAAAGCAACAUUUGAAACACCUUGUUCCAAACUUGGACAAAUAGCUGAGGGUUUAGCUGUUUUAAUGUUAUCAAAUAGUUUUGGUAGUUUAACGACAAAUUAUUUGCUUCUGGGUGGUCGACCUUUGACAGCUAACGAAGCCUUGACUGCUGGAUUCGUCACAAAAUGUUUGUGGCCAGAUAAAUUCCAAGUUGAAUUUUUGCCCUCUCUUAAAGCAAUGAGCGAGCAAUCUUCACAGGCCAUGGAAACUACGAAAUUAUUGCUUCGCAAAAGUAUGCGUGAAAAAUUGGACGACAUGUUAAAUACUGAACAAGACUUAUUGAUUAAACAGUGGUGUUCACAAGAAUGGCAAGAUGCAGCAAGAAUUUAUGUCAAAGAGAAAGGGCAGUAAAUUAAUAAUUUAUUGGUGAUAAAUGUUCUUCAAAUUUUUUUUUUUUUUUUAUUGUAUGACAAAAGUAUGCAUGAAUUUUUUUUUAAGCGAUUAUGAGGUUGUAAUGUACAGAUUAAAAAGCUUCUAUAUUAUUUUUAAUUUAAACAAGCAAUUGCUAAUGUACUAAUAAGUAGUAUACAUAAUCGUGUUUGAUAUGAGUUAUCAAAGAAAUUCUUAUACUGGCAUUUUAAAAUGUAGUGUACUGUAUCACAAAAAUUUAAAUUUCAAUAGCUGAAUAUUACAAUUUUAAUUUUUUUUAUUGAGCUGUUGAAGUAAUGAAAUUU